AUGGGAGGAAAUGUUGGGUCAGGGAGUAGUGGAUCUAAGAGAUCUCACGAGGACUAUGUAGGAUCUAGUGCUCGUCCAAUGGGUAGGGAGGCAGCUAAAAAAAAAGCAGAUGCGGUAGAUGAAUACAUAAAAAUAGGAGGUAUUACAGCAUUGGAGUGCUUACGUAGAUUCUGUAAAGGAAUCAUACGACUGUAUGAGCAAGUGUAUCUGAGAGCACCAACCCAAGAUGACCUUCAAAGAAUACUACAUGUUAGUGAAAUGCGGGGGUUCCCAGGGAUGAUCGGGAGUAUUGACUGCAUGCACUGGGAGUGGAAAAAUUGUCCUAAAGCAUGGGAAGGUCAAUUCACCAGGGGGGAUAAGGGAACCACCACAGUUAUUCUUGAAGCAGUUGCAUCUCAUGAUCUAUGGAUCUGGCAUGCCUUUUUUGGAUGUCCGGGAACGUUGAACGAUAUAAACGUUCUAGACCGGUCACCAGUGUUCGAUGAUGUGGAACAGGGAAAGACUCCAAGGGUGAAUUACUUUGUGAAUCAACGUCCCUAUAAUAUGACAUACUAUCUAGCUGAUGGUAUCUACCCUUCUUACCCAACUUUCGUCAAAUCAAUUAGGCUUCCUCAAAGUGAACCCGAUAAGUUAUUUGCAAAACAUCAAGAGAGCUGUCGGAAGGACAUCGAACGUGCUUUUGGUGUGCUUCAAGCUCGAUUUAAAAUCAUCCGUGAACCAGCUCGCUUGUGGGACAUAGCUGAUUUGGACAUUUGGUGUCUACCACGGACAGUGUACUCCAAUUAA